AUGUGGGAGCCGCGGGGCGCGGCGGUGAGGGCGGCGGCGGCGGCCCUGCUGCUCGGGGCCGGUGCCUGCUACUGCCUGUGGCGGCUGGCGGCGGGCGGGCGGCGGGGGCGGCGAGCAGCGGCCGCGCGGGGCCCGCCGGCAGACAGCAGUUCUUCAGUGUCAACCCAUACCAUGGAUGUGGAUGGUCUACAGAAACUUAUUCAUUUGCUCCAAGCCACAGAUGAUCCAUUAAUUCAAGAGCAAGCUUUAAUCACUCUCAGCAACAGUGCUGCCUUCUCUGUAAAUCAAGACAUAAUCCGAAAUUUGGAUGGUCUUUCUGUUAUUGGAGGGAUGCUCUCCAACAGCGUUCCCAAAGUGAAAGAAAAAGUACUAAAUGCACUUAACAAUUUGAGUAUGAAUAUUAAAAAUCAGGAAGAGAUACAGGUAUUUAUUACACAAGUUUGUAGGACUGUUGAGUCAGCUCCCUUGAACUCUGAUGUGCAGCUAGCUGGACUCAGGCUGUUGACAAAUAUGUCUGUUACCAGUGACUAUCACCAAAAGAUGAUAAACUCAAUUCCAGGCUUUCUUAACUUGCUUUCAAAAGGAACGGAAAGGACACAGAUUCAGGUUUUGAAAGUACUUGUGAACUUAUCUGCAAACCCAGACAUGACAAGACAUCUUCUCAGAGCUCAAGUGCCAUCAUUUGUGUUACUUUUUGACAACCAUAUAAACAGAGAUAUUCUGGUUCGUGCCCUGGCAUUUGCAGCAAACUUGAAAAAGAACAUGAACAAUGAAGAAGGCAUAAUGAUUGAGGAAUACAGUGAAGGCUCAAUUUUCUUCACACUCUGCAGGGACUCUGCCCCAUUUGCUCAGAGACUGGCAUCUCUGCUGCAUCACCCUGACACAGAAGUGAAAGAACAAGUUGUGAGAAUAUUAACACAAUAGUGUUGUUUUCUUAAAACAGACUGACUUGAUGAAAAUAUCUAAUCUUGGCAAGGCUGUGCUAAAAAAGCCUGCAACAAGUAAACAGUACAACAGCGAUGGAGAAAAACCCCCCUAAAUAUUUUAAUAGGCACAAAUGAGUUACUACAACAUAGAAUGCAGUGUAAUUAAUUCAGAGAGCAUAACAGAUAUUUUUGUACAAGCAAGAGAAAAGCAAUAGCUUAAUUAUUACUGAUAAACCACCGCAUAGUAGCUACAUUUAUGCAAUGGGUGUAAACUGUUUAAAACAUGAAAACAUUCAUACGUAAAAUGAACAUUUGAAAUGGAUGAGUAAAGUGAAUGAAAAGAUCCUUCACACUGUCAAAGACUUUUUUUUUUACUUUAAGUAUUUACAGCUGUUGAAUAAAUACCUCUUUAGAAGUAUGCAUUAAAGAUUCAGCAAUUUGAGAUUAGGAAGUUAUCUUUUAUUAGUCUAUUUAUGAAAUUGGUACAGCCAAAUCUUGUAAAAAAUAUUAAAUAAAAACAAUACCAAAAUAUCAUUAGCUUCCUACAGAAUUAUUAUCUUCAAUGAAAGCUGCAUAUGAAGGUCACUGAACCUAGGGUUUUUCAUCUUACCUGCAUGGAAUUUAUUCUAAAGCUCCAUUCCUUUCAGCCAAACUGCAAUGCAAUUAACCACAACUGUUUCGACCUUUCUACCAAAGGGUUUGAACAAAAAUUGAAAGGAUUUUACAUUGUCCUAAAAUUGUCACUUUAGGGAAAGGGGACUUGUUUUUAAAAAUAUUUAUUAAAAAAGUAGGAGUCAAGGAUUAUCUGCAACUGCAAUUCAUCAUUCUCAUUUUUAUAAAAUAAAUGUCCACAAGAACAGUAUCAUACACAUUCUUACAAAACCUUCCAAAUCUGUAGUGGCCCUUGAGCUUCCUUUCCUUGGAGAUCUCUACUCCUUUUUUUUCUGCAUCAUUGGAAUGAGUGCUCCUGCAGAAUUAGCCCCCAUAAAGUUUUAGUCAUCAAUCCAGCAUUAAUUCAAAAUGAAGUGGAAUCCAUACAAACACCACUGUAAAAAAACCUGAACAGAGUUUCAUUGAUGAACAGAAAACAUAGUGGAAAAUACUUCUAAAAUCAAACUACUAAAAAACUUCCACUACAGAGAAACUAAAAAAGGUGUCAGAUGUAAAGACUAGGAAAAUUUUCUACUUUCUUCCAUUUUUAAGAGAACUGUAUCAUCUAAACUGCCACCAAGUGCUUCAUCUUUCUAUUUUUGUAUACUCACUCUGCUCUUAAGAAAACAUUAUUAUAUUGACUUUCUGUAAUGAAAUAGAUACUUAUUUUCAGGUCACUUUGCAAAUAGCUUAAACUGCAAGAAAAAUAUGACCUUGAAACUGUGACCCUGCCCUGAUCAAUACAGGGGGAAAGCUACACCUAUCCAAUUUAUCCACAUAGGUAGUUUUAACACACCAGGAAUACAGUUAUGGCAGAAAUAGAAGUUGGCAUGAUUCCCAGUCAGAAACUUGACAAUUGCUGCACUGACAGUGAACUUCCUUUUCUCCUUCCCACUGCUCCUAAUACACUGUACAGUGUAAGCAAGUUACACUACAAUCACUUAAUGUUUUGCAGCUUUUUGUAGAUUUAAUGUUUUCUGCUACUGAAUUUGACUAAGAAAAAUAAAGACUAGGCUAGACAUUAACAAUUUACUCACUUUCCUCUCCUGACAAGACAUUAGGACAAGUCUGGUCUAGGUAUGGCUAAUACACAGUUUCUUAAGCUCUACAACAGAGAUGUCUAGAUGUCCCUUUCCAUGUUCCCCACCCUAAAAGUAAGUUUUUCAAAUAUCAUCUUUUUGAUAAGAGUUGAUCUCUUAUCUGUUGCUUUGACAGCUGACAGAAACAAGUGACCUUUUCUAAAAAUACAUGAGAACUUGCUACAGUGUUGUCUCAGUUUUCUUUUUCUGGUCUAGAAAGAACUAUUUUUAAGUGUUUUCUUCAUAGAUCAAUGCUUUUGAAAUGUUUUGAAAUCAUGCAAAACUUUCCAAUGUGCCUUUAUACAAAGAUGUCUCAUUUUUUAUCACCUACCCCAUACCCUUGGUGGAAUCUUAUCAGCACCAAGCAAAACAUACCCGGUCACCAUUCUAGGCCCAAACGUUGUGAAUUAACAGAUCCAAAACAAAACAUGUCAUUACUGACAUUUAGUUUCUGAUCCGUGUAACUCAGUAUUUCUCUGCUCUGUGGCUGCUUUUCUAGGUAGUCUGUAUUUUAGUUUCACUCUUUCUAAAGAGUAAAACUAAUAAUAAUAAUCCUAUAAUUUUACAGAAUAACCUAUUGAUGAUUAUAAAAACAGAUAAACAACCCACAACAAAAGCAACCUUAAUCUUAAACUUGUCCUUCAAAGUACUCAAAACUCCUUGCAGCUUGGUGUUCUCCACAAAAUUACAAACAGGUUAUACACAUUUUAUCACCCAAGUUGUGAUUGAAGCUGUUGUGUAAAUACAAGAGACUUCAUCUGAAACACCUUCAACACUGAAUAACAGGGUAGUGUUAAAUCAGUUUUGAUAACAGUCUACAGUUAAAAGAUUACCUCAGUUGUUUCUACCAUGAAAUCUCAUUAACUGGUUUUAAUUAGUUAGAAGUUUAUGCCUUUAAAUUAUGUAUUUUUUUACAUAUAUUUAUCUUUGUGAAAUAUGAAAAUAAAAUUUACAGCAAGAGCAACCCCCCCAACCAACCCACAUAUCCCACAGACCAAAGGAAACCAUAAACAAAACAUGAUUUGCCAAUGAAAUUAUGAAGGAGAAUCACAACCCUUUUUAUUGG